AUGGCGCCGGCGGGAGAGGCGGCGGCUGCGGCCGCGGCCGAGGGGCGGGGCCGGGGGCCCGGGGCCCGGAACGCUGGACGCGCGGGCGCAGGCUCCGCCCGAGCCCCGGACCGCCGGAAGAAGCGGCACCGGCGCGGGCGCACUUCCGGCGGCCCCGCCCGCGGCGCGUUGCGAGGUCGGCUCCUGGGGCCGAAGGGGAGGAGGCGCGGGCGGCGGAGCUCUCAGAGAGCUUUGCGCCGUCGCCGAGGGCGUCUGAGUGCCCCCGGCCGGCGGAGACGGGCUCGCCGCGCAGGGAGCCGGGCGCUGGGGAACGGAAACAGGCGAGCACCGUCCAGCGGGGCGGACGGGAGGCUCCGGGCCGAGCUACCCCGAGCCCUGCCUCGCAAACAGGCCGGCUGA